AUGUCUACACUACUCGACGUUCCGCCGCCUCCGCCACCCAAGGUCACCAUCGAGGAAGUCCCCGAUGAAGAACUACCGCGAUUCAUCAACACAAGCUUACACGACCCACUAUACUCGCCUCGCAGUCAUGGACCCGGUCUCUCACCCGACUUCAUGGCUCAGAUCCGCGAAGCUGCUGAGUCGCCUACACCACUCUCAGCCUUCCUUCAGAAUCCCGAGUCGGUGCGCCUGCUGAGGAAAGCAUCGUCUAUCCGUUCCCGCUCCCGGUCGAAGUCGAAGAACGGUAGCGUCCGCUCGCCUGCACCGUCUUCUGCUUUGCUGUCUCCUGGACUCAGUACGCCUGGAAUGACGCCGAGCUUGACGCCGGGCACGACACCCAGACCCACACCCCGCGCCGGGCCCAGUGGCCAUAGCUCGAGUUCAUCGAGUGACCGCGAACACCGCCCUCGCGAUAGAGACCGCGCAUCCGUCAAGAACGGCAAGACCACCAGCAAAGUCGCCUCGGACGAACUCAUGUCGCUCGUCCUCGCCGAGUCCGAACGACAAGCACGGCACCUUCGCGCUUUACUACGUCAAUCGAACGCUCGGUUAGACGCCGAGGCGCGUAGAGCGGACUCUGCCACCUCACGCGCAGCACAGGCCGAGGAGCAGCUUCGGGAGAUGAAAGCGCGCGCCGAGAGGGCCGAGGCCGAGAAGCAUGCUUCUACGCUUGAGGCUAUGAAGGCGAAGGAAGAGAUUAAGCGCGUGCAGCUGGUGGCAGAUACGGCUGAGCGCGAUAGGCAGAGGUUAGCUGGCGAUGUGCAAAGGCUCGAGAGGGAGAAGCGAGAAGCGGAUCAGAAGGCCGCCGAAGCGAGAGAUGCGGCGAGGAAGUGGCAGGGCGCGUUGAGAGAUCAGCAAGCGUGGGAGGAUGGACGGGCCGAAGGACGAGCGCUGGCACUCAGGAGACGCUUCGAAGACGGCCGGGCCGAUGGGUUCGAAGAGGGCAGAGAUGUCGGAUUCGAGGAGGGCUUCGCGGAUGGAAGGAGGGAAGGGGAGGAUGUCGGUAGGGAAGAGGGGUUCAGGGAGGGAAGGGCGAAGGGAUUUGAGGAGGGCAGGAGGGCCGAGAGAAGCCAACGCUUUCAAGCCGUGAGAGGGCACCAUAGCGGGCCCAGCACGAGCACUUUCCAGGAUGGUUUCCUGUACGACGACCUAGAUCUGGAUCAUGUCGUGCGUUCCGCACCAGUGACUGUUCCGAACAGUCAAACGACCAGAGACGACGACAGAAUACGUCAAUGGGCGGCGUCGACUGAGACGUCUGUUCAAUCUAACUCGCCACCUAAAUCUCGCCCAACGAACUGGUUACGUCGCAAGAUCCACACAGACCCGAGAUGA